AUGGAUCCUACUGAACGAGACACAUUCAUUCACAAGAUAUUCGCUAAAAUUACUCAGCUGCAAUCUAUUGGUCUGAUUAAGGACGAUAAGGAUAUCAUCGAGCGGAAUCGCCUCAGCCUCAUUUGGCUCGAAGCUACUAGUGAUUCCACUCCAUCUUCAACGAAAUGGCGACACUCCCGCUCCCGUGAAAAGUAUAGGGAAAUCGAAGACGUUAGCAGUCAUCUCUUCCUUGCCCUUGUUUUGACCAUACCGCCCAGUGUUUGCUACACUCCUAACUUCCAACCAGUCAUCAAUUACUUGGUUGGUCUUGGUGAUUACAAGGGAUUCCAAUUUUUCCUAGGCUUGAAAGAAAAGGAAUUUUUCGAAUCGGUAGCAGUGGAACAAGGAUAUGCCGGAAGCCCACUGUACCUUGAUUUUAUGCGUACAAUUUUCCCUGGGCCAGAGAGCAGACGCAAGUAG